AUGCAUAUCAUCUUGAUAUUGUUGUUAUUGUCUACCUUAAUAUUAGUAAAUGUAAAAGGAGCAACAUCAUUUGAUACUCAAGCUUACGCUCUAGCACAUCCAUGUGUUUGGUCUAUUUGUAAAAAUGCUCCAACUGAAUAUCAGAACUAUUCAAUCGACUGUUGUACAUUACAAGUACCUUUAAAUUAUGCUAAACCGAAUCAAAGUUUCAUUUCAAUAUCAAUGUCUCGUCUUCAUUCAUCGUAUAUCCGUAGUAAUAAUACUUUAUUUGUUAUUACAGGUGGUCCGGGUGAAUCUGGAUGGAGCAUUUUUCAAACUAUAGCAGAUAUAAUCCCUGUUACAUACGGCAUUACAUUGAUCUUUCCAGAUCAUCGUGGUACUGGUUUAUCGACUCUAUUAAAUUGUGAUGAUCAGUUUUCUCAAACUGUCACAUUGAAUUGUAUUUCGUAUUUGACAAAUAGGUGGACUAUUGAAGGAUUAAAUCAAUUUUCGAUUACUUCAGCUGUUCAUGAUUUAUCAAUACAAAUUCAAGCUUAUCAAUCAAAUGAUCGACUUGCAAUCUUAAGUUUUUCUUAUGGUACUCUAUGGUUAGAUCGUUUUUUACAAAUCUAUCCAAAUCUCGUACAAGCAUCUAUUAUGGAUAGUCCAUUUAAUCCAUUAUUACAAUCGAUGAGUCUAUACAAUACUCGAGCAGCUUAUGUUGUUGCACAAUUUCUUACUUAUUGUCAAAUUCAAACCGAAUGUAUUCAAUAUUUUCCAAAUGAUCCACCCGCUGUAAUGCUUCAUAAAAUCUUACAUGAUUUGGAUUUGAAUAAACAAAUAUGUAUCAAUACUUAUUUUUCUCAAUAUAAAAUUAAUUCUAAUAAAAUGCGAUCGACUUUGUUCUUUUUAUUUCAAUCAGCAUUACGUUACUUUGAUCGAACUAUUAUUCCAGCAUUUAUAUUUCGACUCAAUAGAUGUAAUCAAGAAGAUGUAGAUGCAUUGGAUUUUUUCUUUCAAACUCAAGGUUUCUCAACAUCAUCCUCGAAUAAUAUGUCAUCGAAUGAUGAAAACUUAGCAUUGCUCAAUUCUAAUGUUUUGUUUUCGAACAUUGUUUUCUCUGAACUAUGGCUUAGCUUGAAUCAAUCCGAAAUAGAUCAAGAAACAUUGAAUGCUUUAUAUAAUGCCACAAUAAUGUCUCGAGAAGAUUCUUCUGAUGUAAUUGCAUUAAGAUCAGCUUGGCCAAAAUAUUCAUUAGAUGAAUAUCGAUAUCGUGUUGCUAAUUCAUCAUUACUUAUGAUUUCUGGACAAUUGGAUCCUGCGACGCCAUUCGAUUUAGCUAGUCAUCUAGCAACAAUAAUGAUAAAAACUCGAAAACUGUAUUCAAUUCCAUUAGUUGGACAUGUCAUUACACCGAUUGCCUCAUUGGGCUAUUCGUGUCCAUUACAAAUAAUUCUCUCUUGGGCAUUUCCAGCUCUAUUUCAAAGCGAACGGAGUGAUCCAGCCUGCAUUCAAGAUCUUCCAACAAGCAUUGACUUUAUCGGUGCAACUGAAAUGGGUCGGCAAACUUCACUGACACUCUUCAAUCUCACUUUACCUUUUGGAACUUCUCAACAGGCGAACAAUGCAACUGCUGAUUGUUCUACUUUGUCGAAUUCAUUAUCUAACUAUAUGAUUUAUAUACACAUUUUAUUUUUCUUCUCCUUUUUUUUCAAAGUGAUAAUGUGA